AUGAUUAAGAAAAUGUCUCCGUCCGAGCAUGACUUCGAUAUCCCAGCUAAGAACUGCCACCGCAUGGUCGUGCUCGGGUCCACCAAGGUGGGCAAGACGGCGAUCAUCUCACGUUUCUUGAACGAGCGCUUCGAUGAUCAGUACACGCCGACCAUCGAGGACUUCCACCGCAAAUUCUAUAGCAUCCGUGGAGAAGUCUAUCAGCUGGACAUCCUAGACACGUCCGGAAACCACCCGUUCCCUGCCAUGAGGAGACUCUCCAUCCUGACAGGUGAUGUUUUCAUCCUGGUGUUCAGCUUGGACAAUCGAGCCUCUUUCCAGGAGGUACAGCGACUCAAGAGGCAGAUUUUCGAGACAAAGUCAUGUCUAAAAACCAAGACUAAGGAGAGCACCAAUGUGCCACUGGUCAUCUGUGGCAACAAGUGUGAUCGUGAGUUCACUCGCGAGGUUUCAGAUGAUGAAAUCAAGCGACUGGUGGCAGGGGACGAGCACUGUGCCUACUUUGAUGUAUCGGCCAAGCGUAACACCAAUGUGGACAUCAUGUUUCACACGCUCUUCAAUAUGGCUAAACUGCCCGACGAGAUGAGCCCAGACCGGCACCGCAAAAUCUCACUGCAAUGUGGUGAUGUGCUGCACAGAAAAUCCCUGCGAAAUCGUAAGUUCAGGGAUGGCGGUGACGCGUACGGCAUUGUGGCUCCCUUCGCAAGGCGGCCAAGUGUGCACAGUGAUCUCAUGUACAUUAAGGAAAAAGCCUUACAUCAAGGUACCAAGGAUCGUUGUGUCAUUUGCUAA